AUGAAUUUAUUCACGAGAACAUCAUCAAGGAGUAAAAAAUCAAAUCUUUUUUACGUAACCCUAGUGGCGCUUCUCUGCAUCGGAAGCUACCUUCUCGGAAUUUGGCAAACCUCGACGGCGGAUCCACGCGCCGCCUUCGACAACGGUGGUGCACCGUGCGAGGAAUUCUCAAGACCUAAUUCAACGAAAGAUCUCGACUUUAACGCUCACCACAACCCUCAAGAUCCACCACCGGUGACGAAAACCGCCGUGAAUUUCCAGUCGUGCGACGCAGGACUGAGCGAGCACACGCCGUGCGAAGACGCGAAACGGUCGUUGAAAUUCUCUAGAGAGAGGUUGGAGUAUAGGCAAAGGCAUUGCCCGGAGAGAGAAGAAACCCUAAAAUGUCGGAUUCCGGCGCCGUACGGUUAUAAAACGCCGUUUAAGUGGCCGGAGAGUCGUGACGUGGCGUGGUUUGCGAAUGUGCCCCAUACGGAGCUUACGGUUGAGAAAAAGAAUCAGAAUUGGGUCCGGUACGAGAAUGACCGGUUUUGGUUUCCUGGUGGUGGUACGAUGUUUCCACGUGGCGCUGAUGCGUAUAUUGACGAUAUCGGACGGUUGAUUGAUCUCAGCGACGGCUCUAUACGUACGGCUAUCGAUACCGGUUGUGGGGUCGCUAGUUUUGGUGCCUAUCUUUUAUCAAGAAACAUCACAACAAUGUCUUUUGCACCAAGGGACACACACGAAGCUCAAGUCCAGUUCGCACUCGAGCGUGGCGUGCCUGCGAUGAUCGGAAUCAUGGCUACAAUCCGCUUACCUUACCCAUCUAGAGCCUUUGACUUAGCUCAUUGCUCUCGUUGCCUUAUCCCUUGGGGCCAAAAUGAUGGAGUUUACUUGAUAGAAGUUGAUAGAGUUUUAAGACCGGGAGGGUACUGGAUUUUGUCUGGACCGCCGAUUAAUUGGCAGAAACGUUGGAAAGGAUGGGAACGGACGAUGGAUGAUUUAAAUGCAGAGCAGACUCAGAUCGAAAACGUCGCGAGAAGCUUGUGUUGGAAGAAAGUUGUUCAGAGAGAUGAUCUUGCUAUUUGGCAAAAGCCCUUUAACCACAUUCAUUGCAAGAAAAUAAUUAGACAGGUUUUGAAGAAACCGGAGUUUUGUCGCCAUGAUCAAGAUCCCGACAUGGCCUGGUAUACGAAGAUGGAUUCUUGUUUGACGCCAUUACCGGAAGUUGACGAGGCAGAGGAUCUCAAGACGGUGGCAGGAGGGAAGGUAGAGAAGUGGCCGGCUAGGUUAAACGCGGUUCCACCGAGAGUCAGCAGAGGCGAUCUCGAGAAAGUCACACCAGAAGCUUUCUUGGAGGACACGAAACUGUGGAAACAGAGAGUUUCUUAUUACAAGAGAUUAGAUUACCAGUUAGGUGAAAAAGGAAGAUACAGAAAUUUACUCGACAUGAACGCUUACCUCGGUGGAUUCGCGUCGGCUCUAGCCGAUGAUCCGGUUUGGGUCAUGAACGUAGUUUCGGUCGAGGCUAAGCUGAAUACUCUCGGUGUCAUCUACGAGCGUGGUCUAAUAGGAACGUAUCAAAACUGGUGUGAAGCGAUGUCGACGUAUCCAAGAACGUAUGAUUUUAUCCAUGCUGAUUCGGUUUUCACAUUGUACCAAGAUAAGUGUGAACCGGAGGAUAUAUUGUUGGAGAUGGACCGGAUUCUUAGACCGGGUGGUGGAGUGAUUAUAAGAGAUGACGUGGACGUUUUGAUUAAGGUUAAGGAAUUAACCAAAGGAUUACAAUGGGAAGGUAGAAUUGCUGAUCACGAGAAAGGUCCUCAUGAGAGAGUGAAGAUUUACUAUGCGGUUAAACAAUAUUGGACCGUUCCUGCACCUGACGAAGAUAAAAACAAUACUAGUGCUCUCUCAUGA